ACUCAGAGAGGAAAGGUUGUUCGCCGUGCCUCCGGACUUCUUAACAAUUAAUCCCAAAGGUUAUCUAAUCUAGUGAAAAAGUGCAAUAUUAUGUAUGAAAAUGAUCUAAAGAUGUGUAUAACCGUGCAUUUUGAAAGGUAGACUAGUUUUAAUAGAAAAGGGAGCGGAUCUGCAAGGACUGGUCUUAGUCGAGGAGCAAUGUUGAGGUGGUGACUGCUGAGUACCGGCACGAGUAUGGACAGUUUGCCGUCACUGCUGUAGCGUCCGGUGAUACGCCAUCGAUUUUACUGGUCGUGGUGAGUGUGAACAUGACAAGUAGGAGAGUGAACGUCAAGUAAAAAAAAAAAAAAAGAAAGAAAUUAAAGAAAAACUCGGUGGAUGGAUAGGGGGAAACAACAAUAAGGAAGUAGGAAAACGACCUAAAAGUGUAUGUAAUGCGUCUCAACUGCCGUGUUUGUUCUGCUACCUCCGCGUUUCAUACCGCCCGUGUGUGCCAACCGUGACGUCACCACAUCCCGCGUGUGCAACAGUGACGUCACUGACUAAAGAUGAUUGACGGGAAGACUCCACCCUCGCUCAGCCCGACGGUGCCCUCCAUGGGAUGUGACUUGACGACGAGUGCUGAGGAGUCUCCACGACCGAUGACGAAGCGCGCCCGGUGUGCCUUUCUUCAGCGUCGCGGAGGCCAGGAGAGCAGUGAGAUAGGUGUGGCCAGUGGAGGCGGCAGUGUGGUGAGUGGCAGCACUGGCGGUGGCACUGCCAAGAUGUCUGUAGUGCCACGGAACCCCCCCGCCGCCGUGCCCACCAGCGGCGACACUCCCUCCAGGAAGCCUGUGCGUCUCUGCCAGGUAUGCGGAGACAUUGCCAAAUCAUUGCACUUCGGGGGAUUGUCAUGUGACUCUUGUAAGGCCUUUUUCCGACGGUCAGUUCAGAAUGAUGCCUACAAGCACUUCCGCUGCGGAGGAGACCAGAAGUGUGCUAUUUCUAUUGCAUCCAGAAAAUUUUGCAAAUACUGCAGGUUUGCCAAGUGUGAGAGCAUUGGAAUGACUAAGUCAUGGGUAAUGAGUGAAGAUGAGCGGCUCCAGUUAAUGAAGACUAGACUCACCAAGAGGAUGAUGUAUCAGCAAGGGAGUACCGGUAGUGUGGGAGGCAAUGGUAGUGGAAGAAGUGAAAGCGGUGGUGGUGGAGGACGGGGGUCUUCCUCUGGCUCUUAUUCUCCCAAUGAAUGUUCAAAAGAGAGCUCUACUUACCCGAGUAACUCUUCCACCAAAAACUUAUCAUCUCGGUACCAAAAUAGUAGUAGUUCAUCUCUGACGUACCAUUCGCCAACUCAGCCGGCAGACUUAGGGUCUACUGGUUCAUCGCCAAACAGUUCUCCUUCCACCCCUGUAUCUGGACCUCUCACGCCAAUACAGUACGGACCAAUUCCUCCACCUUCAGUACAUCAAAAUUCUGAAGGUAAUCAGCGCCAGCAUAUCUUAACCAAACAAGAGAGUCCUGUCAGAAAUUUGUGCAGGGGAAUUAAAAGGGAAAGUGAUGAAGAAAUCAUACCUGUGGAUCGUGUUUUCAAUCCAGCAUCACAGUACUUGGAUGCAGGUGAAGUUGAAAUAUUAACACGUGUGAUCAGUAACAUUAAAUUAGUUGAUCAACAGCUGCCAUACUGUUCAAAACCUAUGGAGGUUAUGGCCACAUACAAGCGUUUUGCCGAGAGACUCACUCGAUUUCUCCGUCAGUUUCCCGAGUUUAACUCUUUGUCUCAACAAACUCAGGGUCUGGCAAUUAAGAAGAACAUUACAGUUAUUGCCCUUGUAUUUGCUUCAAGCUUUGUGAAUGAAGAAACAGGCAGCUACCACAAUGUGCAUAGUCCUACACAACCAAUGAUCACCAACAUGAGCAUGAUCCAGAAAUCACAAUCUCCUGAGGUAUUUAAUAAAUUCAAAGAAAUCCUUGGUUCUCUUCGCCAAUUUAAUGUGGAUUCUAGGAUGGCAUAUCUCCUUGUUCUUAUCAUUGUCCUGGGUUAUGAGGGUCAAGAAGCUAAUAGAGAAAUCUACCAGAGUAUACUGCAGCAUUAUGUUUUCUGGAAAUAUGGUGAGGCAUCUGGAAAGGCUCUCUUUGAUGGGCUUAUGCUUUCUCUCCAAGGCCUACGACGUCAUUCUGAACUUUUUGAAAGUAUGGCGAUAAGGCAAAAGCCUUUAACAGCAAACAGUGUGAACCAUCAUAUCCAGCAGAUGAAUGGAAAUGAAGAAGCUCUUGCCAUGGAUGUAAAAAGUAAGGUGGAAGCUCUAACUGGUGAGCAGAUCAGACAGAUGCUUAAUGGAAUGGAUAUUGAACAGAUGAAGCAGAUGUUACAAGGGAAUGGAUUAGAACAAAUGAAGCAGAUGUUGCAGAGUAUGGAAUCUGAAAACUCUCAGCAUCACCUUACUCAAGAAAAUAAUUCUUUAAUUCACUCCCCUCCACUGCCCUGCCAUUCACCACAGAGCAUGGUGCAGUCACCUCACAGUAUGGUACAAUCUCCUCACCCCAUGCUACCAUCACCACACAACAUGUUACAAUCACCUCAGAGUAUGCUGUCCCCACAAAGUAUGAUGGAAUCACCGCACAGUAUGCUUCAGCCCUCAUCAUCUCCAGGAAUGUUGCAGUCCCCAAACUUGAGCCAAUCUAUUCACACCAUGUUAGAUAUAUCUCAUAGCAUGAGCCAUAGUCCAAAUUCAACUGUAACUCAAAUCAUUAAUUCAACUAACAACCUACUUAAUCAUUACCAAGACAUGAAACCUCCUGGAUCUUUUAUGAAUUCUCCACAGUCUUUGGAUUUGUCUCAGAGUCCUAUUGAGAUAUCCAGCCCAUCACCUCAUGCAAUGAACUUAGCUCCUUCUCCAGCACCAUAUAUCCCCAACCAGGAGAGCUACAUAUUGGACCACCAACUACCAGAAACUCCCUAUCCAGAUCAUCGCCAGUCCCCUCUAGAUGAUGGUGGAUAUCUCAACCCACCUUUAUAUCCCCAACCACCAUACAGUCCAGCUCCUCUAAGUGAUCAGUAUAACAGUGGUUUUCAUGCACUCUUUUCUCCCCUGCCAUAUAAAGAGGAAAAUCAGAGCAUUAGCAACAGUAGCACUGGCAGCAGUGGAGUUGGUGUAAGUCUUACUUCAAGCCUAACUUCUCCCAUCUCCUCUCUUUUAACGUCUCCUGCACCAUCCCAUUCAUCACUUCAGGAAUCAGACAACAGUUUGUCAAACUACCAUGAGCCUGAACAUGGCAACUCACUGGGAGCUGCUCCUUAACUCUUGGGCAUUUAGAGACUUUCUUACUUGACCAUCAGAUAUAUAUUAUAUAUGUACUCCAAGUGAGUUCCUGCUAUAGGUUCCAGCUGUAGAGAUCAUUACUAGAUAAUGUUUAUUGUUGUAGCUUAGAGCCAAUGUGACAUUUAUCAUAGAGUGACCUCAUCUCGCAUACUGCCCAAAUCCUCGCUCUAGAAGUUUCAUGUGCAAAAUUCUUAUUUUUGUUGUUAAAGCAAACUGGAUAAGAUGCUUAAUAUUGCUGUAAAACAUAGAAGUAGGAAUUUGCAUAUAAAGGUUCUCAAGUGACAAUGAUUUGUACAAUAACCUUCCAACUCCGGCCAUAAAACUCAACAACUGAAGUGUAUUACAACAUUGUGUACAGGUUUUCAUGUGCUUGAAAGAUUUUAGUUUAUUCCCCAACUACCUAUACUUGUCUUCUACCUCACUCAACAGGUAUCAUGAAUACAACAAAAAGUGUUAAUAUUCUGAUGAUUUCUUGUUAUCCAUGUAGCUAUUUUCCAGUCAAUACAGUAAACAUGCUGAGCUUACCACUGCUGGGAUAUUUAGAAUAGUAAAAUUUCAGCUCAGCCCCACAUACAUACUAAUAAGUUGACACAUACAUACUUCUAUAAUAUAUAAUGCUGACGAGGAUGGACCAUAGUAAGUUGAAAAAUUUGCCACAAUAUGAUUCAUCUCUCUAAGGGGAUUAUAUAAAUUUCUGUGAAUAAAGUUCUUUCAUCUCAACAACUCUCCAUGCAAAUAACUUGCUUGAAACUUCUUUAUAGUAAAACUCAGGUAAUUGGGGCCAUGUGAAAUGAGCAUUAACCUAGUGGAAUGUUGGUGGCCAUGCAAGUGAAGUAUAUUACUGAAAGCC